AUGAAUGAAACUGAGUUAACAAUGGAGCCAUCAGAAGAAUUUUUGUUCAAACAUAAAGGUUUUUAUUUCCACCCAGGCCAUGUUACACCUGAAUACAUAGAUUCACUGGAGGAUUUUGAAAUCAGAGACAGUGAUGUAUUUAUUGUUACUUAUCCAAAAUCAGGGACUGUGUGGACUCAGAAUAUUUUGAGCUUGAUUUAUCAUGAAGGCCAUCGAGAUGGAACAGAAAAUAUGGAAACAAUAGACAGAGUCCCAUGGCUGGAGUAUAACAUACAUAAUAUGGAUUAUGUCCAUCGUCUGUCACCUCGUCUCUUUGCUACUAACCUGCCUUACUAUUUAGUUCCAAGAGAUCUGAGGAACAGGAGAGCAAAAGUUAUUUAUGUAGCCAGAAACCCGAAGGAUGUUGUGGUUUCCUAUUUUCAUUUUUCCAAGCUUUCAGUCAUGCUUGAGACAAUACCAGAUUUUAAUAUUUUUCUGGAGAGGUUUUUAGCUGGGAAAGUACUGGCUGGCUCCUGGUUGGAUCAUGUCAGAGGCUGGUCCACCCACAAGGAUGACUUCAAUAUUCUCUUCCUUACCUUUGAGGAGAUGAAGAAGGAUCUCAGAGGCGCUGUGCUGAAAAUCUGCAAAUUCUUAGGAAAGCAGCUAAAUGAAAAGGAGCUGGACACUGUUGUGGAAAAGGCUACAUUUGAUAAAAUGAAAACUGAUCCCAGGGCAAACUAUGAGUCCAUGCUAGGCAAUCUCCUGGAACGAGGCAAAGGACAUUUUCUUCGGAAAGGGACCGUUGGAGACUGGAAGAACACAAUGACUGUGGCACAGAGCGAAAGGUUUGACAAUGUUUUUAAGGAGAAAAUGAAAGACCUGUCUUCCACGUUCAGCUGGGAUAUUAAUGAUGACAUAUAG